GAAUAUGCAGAGAGUCUGACCAGGCUUUCACAGAGGGGACCGACGGGAGCUAAUAUAAACGUGCUGCCCUUCACUCGGGGCUAUCAGGGGCUAAGAAAACAGCGCUACCUCUGGCACGGACCUCCGGCGCUUCAAAGAAACGGCGGGACGCGCUGAGCUCCAUCACAUGUAGAGCGGCCAGCGGCCAUGGCCACGCUGGGGGGCUGCCGCUGUCGGGGUGCCAGCGGCCGAGACAACAACAGCAUCCUCUACAGCAUCUUGAAGAGUGACAGCCUUGCGUCCGCCGAGGAGCAACAACAAAAUCCCCAGCAGCAGCAACAACAGCAACAGCAAACAUGGCAACACUUGCUCCACAAAACCUCCUCCACCGCCACCACAACCUCACUGCAGGAGCACCGGCAGCAGGAGCACCGGCAGCAGGCUUGCUCCUGUGGCUCGAUGCGGCGGCGAGGUGUUCUCCGCUCUCCGCAGGUGACGUGCAAAGCCGCCUCAGCGGUCCUGGUGAAGACGCUGAGGUUCGUGAAAAACGUUCCCUGCUUUCGUGAGCUGCCGGAGGACGACCAACUGACGCUGAUCCGGAGCGGCUGGGCGCCUCUGCUCGUGCUUGGACUCGCACAAGACCGAGUGGACUUUGAGACUGCGGAAACCGUGGAGCCCAGCAUGCUGCAGCGCAUCCUCACGGGUUUACCGGACAGGCAGAGCGAGGUGCUGUCCGGCCAGAGCAGGGGGGCAGUCGGGGUCUCUGUCCUGGAUAUAGAAGCGAUCAAAGCCUUCCUGAAGAAGUGCUGGAGCGUAGAUAUCAGUACCAAGGAGUAUGCGUACCUGAAAGGAGCUGUGUUGUUCAACCCAGAUGUGGAGGGUUUGCGCUGUCUCCACUACAUCCAGUCUCUGCGUCGGGAAGCGCACCAGGCUCUGAACGAGCACGUCAGGCUGAUUCACCGCGAGGACACGACGCGGUUCGCAAAACUGCUCAUAGCUCUGUCCAUGCUGAGGGCCAUCAGCCCGCCGGUGGUCGCGCAGCUCUUCUUCAGACCUGUUAUAGGGACCGUCAACAUCGACGAGGUGCUGAUGGAGAUGUUCUACGGGAAGUAGGUCACAGUCUACAAAGGACCGAGGUUAAUUCAGCAGAGUCAGCUGCCAGACGGAAAUGCUCAAAGCUCGUAAUGAGUAGGAAGUGAGGGCAGAUGAAGAGGAUAUGAAGGACUGAAUUUACAACUACUGUAUGUUGGAGAUCUUCAUGGCCUAUGAAAUGACCAAUACAGGAAAAGUGUGUGUGUGUGUGUGUGUGAGUGUGCGUGUGUGUGCUGUGUGUAGCCCCUCAUGAAAGAGUUAGAGAAAGAAAGAGUGCGUUUAGGGCAAUACGUUAUGAUAGAGGGAAACCACAGAGGAGCUGCUGGAAUUCAUAACUUAUUUGUUUUUAUAUGAACUAUUUUUGUAUAAUAAAGAUUUGAUCUCUGAACCGC